UUAUCGAUAAACCUUAUCAGUUCCGUUUCGUUUUAUUUUUAUUUGUUUGUUGCUCAAAUGGACUAAUUUUUGUCAAUCCUGUUCUUGGUUACACAUCCCCACCUACAUCCCACGGUAAAGAUGCCACCAACGGAGACUUUGCGCUCGGGCGAGCGUGCAGGCGGUGCUGGUGCUGGUGGUGGAGGCACAGGAAUUGGUGGCGCAGGCAGUGCCGCCUCCGAACAGACAUACAUCAUAAAGCAGAGCAACAAAUACUAUGAGCAUCGCGAUUCUCAAGCCACGGCCAUGUCCGUGGACUAUUCCGGCCAGUGGGUGCUGCUGGCGGGGCGUGGCCAUCUGGCCUUGCAGCGCCUCGGCCAAGACGAUGGCACCCUGCGACGUCACGAGCGUCAGUCCAAGUACGAGGUAUCUGUGGCGGAGUUUGCCAUAUGCCCCAGCCGUAAAGAGUACUGCGCAAUAGCCACGAGCCAACAUAUUGACAUUGUGCGCUGGGGUCCUGCGGAGCCCUACUAUGAGAGUUCGCUGCGUGGACACACACGCACGGUGACCGACAUUGAUUGGCAUGGCAAGGAUCCCAAUUUGCUGGUCAGCUGCUCCAUUGACACCUUCUCACACAUUUGGGAUCUGCGUGAGAGCCGGAAGCCCGCACUGUCCCUGAAUGCCGUCUGCAUGUCUGGUGCCACCCAGGUGGGCUUCAAUCGUGUGUCGGGCAAUCUGCUGGCUGCCGCCCACGAUGGAGAUCUACGGAUUUGGGACAUACGCAAGGGUAGCUGUCCCACGCAUUACAUUACAGCGCAUUUGAAUCGUGUGCACGGCAUCAACUGGAGUCAUCGCCGAGAGACGUGCUUGGCCACUGCCAGCCAGGACGGCACAGUCAAGUAUUUUGAUGUCUGCAAUCCCCGCAGAGCCGAGAAGAUCAUUACCACCAUGUCGCCGGUGUGGAGAGCACGCUAUACGCCCAUUGGCAAUGGUCUGGUUAGCAUUGUGGUGCCACAUUUGGGUCGCGGUGAGAACAGCCUAUUGCUGUGGAGCAACAGCAAGCAAACGGAUCCCAUUUGCUCGUUUGUGGGUCACACGGAUGUCAUUCUGGACUUUGCCUGGCGUCCCAAUCGCGAGAAUUUCACCGAAAUUGAGCUGGUUACCUGGUCCAGAGAUCGCACAUUGAGAGUGUGGAAAAUCGAUGACAAUAUGUUGAAGCUCUGCGAGCCAUCCGCCGACGAAGAGGAGCCACGCUAUGAGCCCGAUCUGAGUGAACUGCGGGUGCCCACACCGCCAGAGUUUUUGCAUCCACGUUCGGUGAUGGCCGCCGGCUCGCUGCCCAUUUCAACGGGCGAUGGGGCAUGCAAUACGCUGCCCAUGGCACGCUCGCCCAGCUUUGGGGGUGGCUACUGUCGCCGUGAGGAGCCGCAUAUAGCCCGAUCGCUGACAGAUCAACCCACUUGCUCGCUGCAUCAUGAGUUCUCGCUGCUGAACACGAACAUGCCGCAUGUGGAGGUGGAUAUGUUGGAUGCCAUCAAGCGGUACGCUUGCUUCAAGAUCUGUGCGGGUGGGCACACGGUCAUCCUGCAGGUGACCUUCGCCACAUCCUAUCCCAGUCCCAGUGUGCCGCCAGUGUUUCAGCUGUGCCAGGGCACCACGCUGUCCAGCGAGGUUAGUGCGAUACUCCUCAAAAUUCUGCGCUGCAAUGCCCUGCAGAGAGUGAAGAAAUCGCGCACUUGCCUGGAGCAAUGUCUGCGUGCCCUGGUGGCGGCCAUGAAAAAGAAGGUGGCUGCUGUCGGCGGCGUGGGCGAGGAUCGAAGUCAACUGCUGCUGCAGAGCCCAAGAUUGGAGGGCGCACUGUCGAGUGCCCUGCACGAUGCUUGCAUUCCCUUUCCACGCACUUCGGGCGUCCAUUUCAAUGCCAUUGGCAUGCUGACCACAUUUGCCCAGCCGGUGAACAACAAGCGGCUGACCCUGCGACAGCAUCAGUCGAUGACACCACGGACUCUGUCGGCCAUCAACGGCAGCGGGCUGCUGGGUAAUGUAAUGGGCACAACCCAAAGGGAUGCGAACGCCUCAUUUUAUCUGCAGGAGCGGAUGAUUGCAGGCAAACAGGCUGGCAAACAGCGGGCCAUUCGACAGAUGAAUGGCAGUCCGGUGGUGCAUGUGUACGAUGCCAGCAGUCUGCUUCAUGUCAGCCGCAACAUGGCCAAGGAAUUCUCUCUGGACAAGCACAACAUAGCGGAGACGUGUCGGCGCAAUGGCGAGAUAUGUCGCAAGCAUGGACGCAUGGACCUGUUGCCCGUCUGGCUGCUGGCCGAAUUGAUAGCCACUCCGCAUGUGCCGCACGAGUCGAUGAAUGAGCUGCUGUUCUACAAGGACCCGUUCAAGAAAUCCCUGCUGGAAUCCCUGAUCAUGCACUAUGCCAGCUCGGGGGAUAUACAGACGGCCGUGCUGUUGGCCUGCCUGUUCGACAAGUGUCCCACGGGUGGCAUUAUGGAUGUGGCCGUGCCCAGUCGCUUUCCACCGCAACUGAACUCUCAGCUAUCGCCCUACCACACGGUGCUCCCGUUGGACGUAAAGUCCAGCUCUUCCAGCCAUUGGCAGCAGAUGAAGCAGAUGCGCAGCAAUUCCUGGUCGGAUUCCCUGGACUGGCUGGACGUCAAACAGUUCCAGGCCGAUGCCUAUUCCUGUUCCCUGAUCAGACGCACCAAAAUGCCUCUGUUCGAUCAGUUCAAGCGUGCCUAUGCCGAGAUUCUCUUUGGCUGGCAGCUCCUCUCCAAGCGGGCCCUCAUCCUCAAGCACACACAGAACACACCGCCUCCCAUUCAAGGCGUCGAGUUUGUCACCGAGUGUGGUACGUGCAGCAUGCCGAAGCGGACUUCAAAAUGUGCGUACUGCAUGCGGCCGGCGCUCUACUGUGUGCUCUGUCGUCUGCCUGUCAGGGGAGCAGCAAAUGCCUGUCUGGCCUGUGGCCAUGGCGGACACAUGGAUCACAUGAUGCAGUGGUUUGAGAAACACACUGUCUGUGCCACCUGUGGAUGCAGCUGUUUGGAGCGCACCUCCGAGCUGCUGGCACUGCUCAGCUGAUCUUGAAACUGACAACAAAGCUUUAAAAUUCCUAGCCCCAUAGAUUGGCGUUUUUUUUGCAGGCUCUAAGCGAAAAGAUGUUUUGUACUAUUUGAGAAAUAUAUAUAAUAUACCUAUCCCCAUAUGAGCAGGAUGAUUGUUGAUCCUAAAACGGAGCUGCUUGGAAGCUGACCAAAGUGUCGCCAUGAGACGUGAAGAUGCUCAAACAAUAAUUUGGCAUUAAAUUUUAUAAAAAAUUAAAAAUAUUUCACGUGUCUUUCA